CUACACACUGACCAAGAUAAAGGAGACGGAAAUUUAAAAUACAUAUUAACAGGAGAUGGGGCUGGCAGUCUGUUCAUUAUAGAUGAAAAUACAGGAGAUAUUCAUGCUGCAAAGAAAUUGGACAGAGAAGAAAAGUCCCUGUAUGUGCUACGUGCCAAGGCUAUAGACAGAAAAACUGGAAGACAAGUGGAGCCAGAGUCUGAAUUUAUCAUUAAAAUCCACGAUAUCAAUGACAAUGAGCCAAAAUUCACCAAGGACAUGUACACUGCCAGUAUUCCGGAGAUGUCUGGAGUUGGUACAUCUGUUAUUCAAGUGACAGCCACAGAUGCUGACGAUGCCAACUAUGGAAACAGUGCCAAAGUGGUGUACAGCAUCCUCCAGGGACAGCCGUAUUUCUCAGUGGAUCCAGAAACAGGUAUAAUCAAGACUGCUUUACCGGACAUGAGCAGAGAAAACAGGGAACAGUAUCAAGUGGUCAUCCAGGCCAAAGACAUGGGAGGUCAGAUGGGAGGACUAUCAGGAACCACCACUGUGAACAUCACGCUGACUGAUGUCAAUGACAAUCCACCUCGCUUCCCCCAGAGCACCUACCAGUUCAGCUCUCCUGAGUCUGCACCACCUGGGACUUCUCUUGGCAGAAUUAAAGCCAAUGACCCCGAUGUGGGUGAAAAUGCAGAGAUUGAGUAUAACAUCUCCAAUGGGGAUGGAUCAGACAUGUUUGAUAUCAUCACUGACAAGGACACACAGGAAGGGAUUAUAACUGUCAAAAAGCAUCUGGAUUUUGAAAACAAGAUGUUAUACACCUUAAGAGUGGAAGCAACCAACACUCAUCCUGAUCCUCGUUUUCUUCAGCUGGGGCCAUUCAAAGACACGGCUUUGGUCAAAAUUUCUGUGGAAGACAUAGACGAACCUCCAGUGUUCAGCAGACCCUGGUAUUUAAUAGAGGUAGAUGAAGAUGUCAAGGAAGGAAGCAUUAUUGGGCAGGUUGUAGCCCAAGAUCCAGAUAUAACAAAGAAUGCAAUAAAAUACUCUGUGGAUCGACACACUGACCUUGACAGAAUAUUCAACAUCUAUUCAGGAAAUGGAUCCUUAUUCAUCUCAAAGCCCCUUGACCGGGAAGAAACUCCCUGGCACAACAUCACUGUCAUAGCAACUGAAAUCAAUAAUCCUAAACAAAGUAGCCAGAUACCUGUCUUCAUCCGGAUUUUAGACAUAAAUGAUCAUGCACCAGAAUUUGCCAAAUACUAUGAAACAUUUGUUUGUGAAAAUGUAAAAGCAGGACAGCUGAUACAGACUGUGAGUGCAGUUGACAAAGAUGAGCCUCCUCGAGGACACAAAUUUUUCUUUGAGGUGGUACCAGAAUUUGCUGUUCAUCCAAACUUCUCCAUUGUAGACAACAAAGAUAACACAGCAGGAUUUUUUUUUAUGACUAGAAGAAAUGGAUACAGCCGUAGUAAGAUGAGUACCUAUCUCCUGCCAAUCAUAAUAUUUGACAACGACUACCCGAUCCAGAGCAGCACUGGCACGCUGACCAUCCGAGUGUGUGCCUGCGACAGCCAGGGGAACAUGCAGUCCUGCAAUGCUGAGGCCUUGCUCCUCCCUGCUGGUCUCAGCACAGGGGCACUGGUUGCCAUUCUCCUCUGCAUCGUUAUCCUGCUAGUAUUAGUUGUCUUGUUUAUGGCUCUCAAGAGACAGAGGAAGAAAGAACCCUUGAUCAUCUCAAAGGAUGACGUUCGGGACAACAUAGUGACCUACAAUGAUGAAGGAGGUGGGGAAGAGGACACCCAGGCUUUUGACAUUGGCACACUGAGAAAUCCAGAAGCGAGGGAGGAAAGUAAGAUGAGAAGAGACGUUAUCCCAGAAACUAUAUUUCAGAUAAGACGGACUGCACCUCUUUGGGAAAACAUUGAUGUCCAAGAUUUUAUUCAUAGAAGGUUAAAGGAAAAUGAUUCAGACCCAGCUGCUCCUCCUUAUGAUUCACUAGCAACAUAUGCCUACGAAGGAAAUGAUUCCAUAGCAAAUUCGCUCAGCUCCCUUGAAUCGCUUACCACAGAUGGCAACCAAGACUAUGAUUACCUCAGUGACUGGGGACCUCGGUUUAAAAAACUAGCAGAUAUGUAUGGUGGAGAGGAGAGUGAUCGAGACUGAGAAAGUAAUCCGUGACCUGGUCAGUGUUAGUGGAAUUCAUGUCUAUGUUACUAGAUAAAGUGGCCUACUCUCUCUUACUUGGGAAUAAAAAAUUUACAAAAAAUAGGUGUUGUCUUAGUAAGGGUUUACUUAAUCUAUAAGUCAACGUGAAUGAAUAUGAAUGAUUUAGAUUUUUAAAAAUCUAUAACUCACCCUCUCUGUCUAGAAACCUCUGAUGAAAGGUUUUUGUUGACAAUGAAAAGACAAUAAAAGGCUUUUUGUGCCUUUAAUAAUGAGAAUGAAACUUAGGGUUUUUUAAUUGCUUUGCAUUACUUUUCCUACUAGCUGGGACAGUGUGCACCUGCAUUGUAA